AUGCGACGAUCCAGCUGCCACCUCCGAGGACUCUACCAACCCGCCCGUCCUCCGCUCCGAGAAGUUCUGGUUCGACGACGGCAACAUCGUAUUUCAGGCAGAGAACACGCAGUUCAAAGUCCACCGUCGUUUCUGAGCAGCCAAUCACCCAUCUUUCGCGACAUGUUCUCGAUCCCGCAGCCUCCAGCCGCUGAUGACACAAUGGUCGAGGGGUGUAUCGUUGUCCACCUACAGGAUACGAUGAAGGAUAUACAAAACCUUCUAGAACUGCUUUACGAUACCUGGAGCGUACAUAAAUUCCACAAGCCGCUUCACGUCUCGAUGCUCAGGACAAUGCUGAGAAUGAGUCGAAAAUACGGCUUCAAGCAUUUGCGGCAGGAGGCCAUCAACCGCCUCAGGAUGGAAUUCCCGUCUACGCUGAGAGAAUUCGGCGAAUCUCUCGGGGAAUAUAGGUUCAUUGAUGGAGAGGUCGACGAGAUUGAAUUUAGCGUCAUGCUCCUUGCACGCGAGCAAGGAAUCAAGUCGAUCCUGCCCGCCAUAUAUGUCUACGUUUGCGUAAAUCGCCAUUCGGAAGACCUAGAGAAGUACUUUGUUGAGAACAGACACAUUCUCCCCGUCGAUCUACCGAUUUCCCUGCUGUUGGGAAGGGACAGGAUCACUCGCGCUGUCGCAACCACUACGUUUCGAUGGCUGAACAAAGGCACGGUCCCGUGCAAGGAAUGCACAAUCCCUGCUGUUUGUGCAGCUACAGCAAGGAUGAUUUCCAUGCAGCUCCUGGAAAUGCCAACAGCGAAUCUCGUCCAGCGUGCCGUUUUUCCUUGGGAUCGCCAGAGGCUGGAGGGAGCUCCAUUAUGUGCAAAAUGUGUUGCGACAGCAAAGGAGGUGUUUGAGAACGGCAGGAAAGUUGUAUGGGAGCGCAUCCCGGAUUAUUUUGGCCUCAAUGAUCCGGCUCUGGCUGGGGACUGGGACGAGGAUGAGGGAGAGGCCGAGCCUGAGAAGCUGUAG